AGGAAUGCAAUUAGAGUGCCAGGGUCCAGGUUAGAGUGCCAGCAGAGGUCUGUAAGAGAUUACGCUGGGCCCGACGGUUUGAGAGAGAGUGUGAUGUUGGUUUGAGGGUCUCUUUCACACCCCCCAGUGGGUUGGCGCUGUCUCUACUGGCCCGAAGAUGUCUCGUGUUUCCGCUGGCAGCGAGAGGAUAAAUGACACGUCUGGCUCCACCCGCUCUGAGAAAAGCUCCUCUUCUUCGUCAUGGCCUCCCCGACCUCCAGGAGCACGGUCAAGAAGUUCCGCCCCCGAGGAGCCACAUGUUGGCAAUUACAGGCUCCUGAGGACCAUCGGGAAGGGCAAUUUUGCCAAAGUCAAAUUGGGAAGACAUGUUCUUACUGGAAGAGAGGUCGCGAUAAAAAUCAUCGACAAGACCCAACUGAAUCCCAGCAGCCUGCAGAAGCUCUUCCGUGAAGUCCGAAUCAUGAAAGGACUCAACCACCCAAACAUAGUGAAGCUGUUUGAAGUGAUUGAGACCGAGAAGACGCUCUACCUGAUCAUGGAGUACGCCAGCGGAGGCGAGGUAUUUGAUUACUUGGUCUCUCACGGUCGUAUGAAAGAGAAAGAGGCUCGUGCCAAAUUUCGACAGAUUGUCUCCGCAGUCCAUUACUGCCACCAGAAGAACAUUGUUCAUCGAGAUCUUAAGGCCGAGAACCUCCUUUUGGACUCCGAGGCCAACAUUAAAAUUGCAGACUUCGGGUUUAGUAACGAGUUUACCCCAGGAGGAAAGCUGGAUACUUUCUGCGGGAGUCCUCCCUACGCGGCUCCCGAACUCUUCCAAGGCAAGAGGUACAACGGGCCCGAGGUAGACGUCUGGAGCUUGGGGGUUAUACUUUACACCCUGGUGAGCGGGUCCUUGCCCUUCGAUGGACAAAAUCUUAAGGAGCUUCGGGAGCGAGUACUUCGUGGGAAAUACAGAGUCCCGUUUUAUAUGAGCACAGACUGCGAGAGCGUCCUGCGGAGAUUCUUGGUGCUUAAUCCAACCAAGAGAUGUACUUUAGAGCAAAUAAUGAACGACAAGUGGAUGAAUAUCGGCUAUGAUAGCGAUGACCUGAAGCCCUACAAGGAACCCGAUGAAGACCACGCUGACCCCAAGCGUAUCGAAGUCAUGCUAGAUAUGGGGUAUUCCCGUGACGAGAUUAAGGAUGCCCUGACCAGCAAUAAGUACAAUGAAGUAAUGGCCACGUACUUGCUGCUUGGAAGGAAAGCCGAGAAUGAAGGUGGAGACCCUCGUACCGACAGCACACUCUCUCUGCCCCGCUCACGCGUCACCUCCGAUGUCACCAACGGUGCCACGAAAUCAUCGUCGAGUCACAGCAAAAACCAGCGAGGAUAUCAGAGGCAGAGGAGACACAGUGACUUCUGUGGUCCUGCUCCUGCCCCAUCUCAGUCCAAGCGAAGCCCCCCAGGGGCGGGGGAUGACGGAACAGUUGGGGAGCGCCUUACCCCCAGGAGGGGCAGCGGAUCAGUGGGUGGGAGCAGCCGGCCUCCCCCACCCUCUAGCCCUAUGGUUAGUCAUGCUCACAACCCCAAUAAAGCUGAGAUUCCAGAACAGCGCAAAGAGGCCCCACCUGCCACGGUUAACACGCCUCCAGGUGUGAUGGGACGCAGGAACACGUAUGUUUGCACGGAUCGCCAUGGCUCAGAACGUCAUUCCCUCCUUCACAACGGCAAAGAGAACAGCUCGACCCCCACGCGCCCACCGGCCCCGUCGCCUUCCACCCAGAGCAUUGCAGAACGGAGCAGCCUCUCCCGGGGGUCCAAUGUGCGCAGCACCUUCCACGGAGGGCACGUGAGAGAUCGGAGGGGGCAGAACCCACCCCCAAGCUCACCUACGCACCCUCAUGAGGGACUAAACCAGAGCAGGACCCGAGCCACCUCCAACCUGUUUAGCAAACUGACCUCCAAACUGACCCGCAGGGUCACAGACGAAUCUGAGAGAGUCUGGGGACCUGAGGUCGCAGGUAGCUAUAUACCUUGGUAUAAAGCGUCGGCCAACUCCGGCCUGCUCAGACCUCCCGGGGAUGUGAGAAAGUCCACCCGGCGCCCCCCCUCGCAUUCGCCAGCCCCUUCCACUGCUCCCAACGAACCUUCCCCGUCGGGCAGACCACGCCCCCUUCCGGGCAAGCUCCGCCCGCUUAUCACCGUUGGGACACUGGGACUUUAAGAGGAGUCGUACGCUCUCUGGAAAUCCAUUGGGACCGUUUUAGCUUUUAAGAGCUGGGACAUAAAUCUUUGGGGCAGCAAUGCCCACUCGUGGGUAGUUAUGCCCACCCCGCUAUUGGGAAGCUGUGCCUUUAAGAUGGACACAUCCCUUUUUACUGGAUUGCCUCACCCGCCACACACAUUGUGGGCGGUGCGCUGGCUUUAAUGGGAGGGACUCAUCUGCUUGAAGCCAGAAGACAUGCCCUUUUGGAUGUGCCAUGCCCCGUUAUCUCCAUGGAGAGGACAAUGACUUCAAGAUGAUGAGCUGUGACAUCACAGGGGGAGGGGCCUUGGUGAUGGGAUACCCCCUUGCACUUCCUGUCCUGCCCACUGCAAAAUGACAUCACCAUGAUAUGUUUAAUGUGGGAGUGUUACAUGAUAUUAAGAAUUUCCUCUCUUAGUAGAAAUAAUCUUGUUUAACGAGCCCUCACAAUACUGAACUUUCCCUCUAGCCUCUCCCCACUCUCCACCAUAUUAACAGAUCCUCACCCAUAUUUCCAAGUAGCCCUCCCCACACACUUCAUGCGGAUUGUGUUUAAGCCGUCCUUGUUUUUUUAGAAGUUAGAGUGUCUUUACUAAUAUCCCGCAAGGAACCCUCGCAAAAACACCCCCCACAAAAACAGUGAUUGAUCCCGCUCUUCAACAAAGUAUCUUACCUGUAAAAAUCACACAAACAUUAAAAA